AUGACAGCGCUGGAGAUCCAUCCUGAUGACGACAUCGUGCAGGACCCAGAGCACGUUGCUUUCAGACACGGACAGGAAGUCAGACACAGACGGGACGUCCUGGACUCCACAGAAGUCCCAGCAGAGCACAUCGACCCCGCUGCCAUCGACCUCACCCCCCUCGUCAAUACUUUGAUCAAUUCAAGCCAAUCGGGCUCCCGGCAGCUCUUCUCCCUGCUCAGCGUGACGUCCUACAGCUCACUGGCUCUACACAAGCUCACCCUGCUGGUGUACAACAUUUCCAGCAUCAGGAGUUUGCAGAGCGACGUGUUCAGGAGGAGAUUCUGUUAUUGUGUCACCAACGACACCAACGACCUCACUGAUUUCACCGCCGUGCUUCUGGAUGUGAUUGGAAACUCCACCAGUUACCUGCACGAGCUUUUCAAGUCUGCCUCCAUUUUGUCGGUGAGUCACAGGAACGAGUCGGGCUGCAUCUACAUCUGUGUGAUGGCCGGGAAGACGGUGUCUUGUCCAGGACCAGAGGAUCCAGAGCUCUGGGACGUGGGCUCCAUCUCGCCGCUCUUCAACCAGACGAUCGUUGAAGGACGACUCGGAGUAGGUAACGUCUCGUCCUUCAGAUUUCCUGUGGAUUGGAACCAGCUGCCCACCAACCGGAGUCACAUGUCACCGUCGGGGGGGAGCUCGGUGUUGACCAGCAGAGUCCACGCCACUGACCACGGUGAGUCUCCGACAACAAGGUCAACGACGACAACUGCUGCAAGUACAACACAACUCACCACAGUGUCGUCUGAACACGUUACAUCCUCCCCAGUUGUGAGUCUGACCCGGCUGACCUCCUCUCCACACCUGAGAACCACAACCCGGCCCUGGAACCCCCCCGCUCCUCAGCACAGACCCACACCUCUCCGUCCUCUGAGCUCGAGAGGGACCACACCCAGCAGGCAACCAGAGAGACCAGGCUGUCCCUGGAGGAGGCCGGAGCAGGGCGGGGGGGCGACCUCCAGCAGCACCACCACGCUCGGCGCUCACAAGCUGCAGCCCUGCGUCCUCGAGCUCUGCCAGUUCUUCUCCCAGUGUCUCUGCAGACCCGUCAGCCAAUGGACACGCAACACCAGGUUCUGUGACGACAGCCACCUCUGGUAUGAAACACACACGUCUGAGGUGUGUCGGCGCGUCAGGAGAAUCUCCUUCUCCAGAAAUCUGAAACAGAGAUGCUUGACAAAGAUGUGCAGUAAACUGUGA